UCCCUGCCUACGAGGUGACGUCAGGGGGCGUGUCCACACAAAGGACAGAGGGGACUCCACAAUGGGAGACAGUUUUCAAGAGCAGCUGAUAGAGGACAGCGCCUUCCUCAAAGCUGACCGGAGACUGGACACCGAGCUGCUGGACAAACUCAUCCUGCAGCUCAACAGAAUCUACCCGCAGAUCCUCUCAGACAGGGAGGCCACCAAAUUUCGAAACUUGGACGUGCCCACAAGUGUUCGAGUGGGUGAGCUCCUGUCACACCUGCAGGGGAAAGGAGAGGAAGCAUGUAGGGAGUUUUACAGAGCUCUUCACUUGCAUGUAGAGGAGGUGUACUACAGCUUGCCCACACGGCUGCGCCUCAGAGAUUCCUUAGAUCCACUUGCUUAUCCACGUGUCUACCAACGGAGAUAUGUUCAAAACGACAGAGGUCCCCUUUUCUUUCUGGGCUGUUUCAGCGUUGCAGUGGGAAUGGCUUUACUCUAUUACUACAGUGAGGCUAAAGUGACGGGAGGUAGCCGGGCCCUUGGGAUGGCGGCUCUGGGAUUGAAAAGAAAGGCUCAGGAGGUUCUCAUAUGGUACACUGAAGAAAGCCUCAUGAAGUAAGGGGGGGGGGCGCUUCUUCACACCAGGUGCCUCAGCAGUACUCCUCUUAUGAAAGCUAGUUGUACCAAAGCACAACACACUAUAUAUUUUUCCACAGUUGAGUACUAAUUUUGUACACAGUUGUAUUUACUAUUUUGCUUGUGAUCUAAAAUGAGAAAGGUGGGGUAAAUUUAGAGCUACAUUUGGCACUUUGCUCUUAUUUCCUCAUAUGUUGAUACCUAUUUAAGUGGGUUAAAGGGACUGAAUACACUCGAGGGAUGAACACAGUGAAUUCACAAACAACCUGAUUAAACAAGUUGUUCUCACUACAAUCUUCAAAUGUGGCUUAAAACGCUUUUACAAACCAAUUAAACAACGGAAAUAUCGACUGCACUGGUGACAAAAUGAGGGAUUUUAAAUAACAAAAUAUUAACAAGUAGAGGUACAUUCUUGACUAUAUACGAUCCGAUUUUUCCAGCACUACAAAAAUGAUAACCUCAAAUGCAUCAGUACAUUUUGCAGCCAUAUAAUAAUAAUCCUUCAAUGCAGAAAGCAACAACCUGCAGUGUAUGUAUGUGCUUCCUUACACGUUGUUGCUAAGAGUAAUUUAUUACAUUUAUUUUUGGUAAUUAAGAAUUAUACUUUCUUUUUUUCUCAGUUACUUACCACUGAUGUCAAGCAUACUAAAAUACUCUUCCAUGUACUCCCCAAAUUGAGUUAGAAACAAAGAUGAGGCAGAGCUCUUUGUAGAACAUAACCGCCCUCUUGUGGCCAAAAGUGAACUACAUCACCAAAAUGUGUUGGCUUGUUUUUCUUUCAUAAGAGCGUCUCAAGAGUAAUGUGAACCGACAGAAAUAAUAUUGAGCUGUGUCAGUAUAGUAAUACCAGAGACGGUUCAGAAAGCAUCUUUGGUGAUACUUUAGACGGACUUUGCGGUCACAUGAUUGUUUCUACCAAUGAUAUUCCGUUCUACUAGCGCAGUGCAUUAUGGGUAGAGUUACAACCUAAUCCAAAACCAUAGAUAUAUAAAAUCCACAACAUACUAAUGUCGAAUGAAGAUUAGUAAUAAUGAUUCGUUAACACAUAUCAACCUGUAAUACAACAGCUGUGUUUAACAGAUGUAAGUAUUAAUAAACCAGGGAAUUGCACCGUAAGUGAAACCAUGUUACAUAUUACAGUAUAUAUAUAGUGACGUGCUACUUUAUUAAAGCGUGUUGUAUGAAAGGAGAGAAGGUUAGCACUCCCCUUGACAAGGAUGGAAUUGGCCCUAGUGGCCAUCAACACACAUACGGUUAAGGCACUGCCACCUACUUCGUGGCAUCUAUAACCAUAUUUUUUCAUUUGUAUAAUUUUGACUUCAGUUAAACGAUUCCCUACUACCUUUAACUUCGUAUUCACGGAUCUCAAACCGUGCCUCUUGUUUUCGCCAUGUAGUCAAAGAUCGGAAGCAUGCCUGCAUAUUUUCCCGUGUCUUUGUUUCCGCUGGGUCGGGCAGGAUAGGAACUUUCAUUUUACCAUUUUGGCCUGUAGCAUUUAGCCCACUGCUGCAGACACGGACGAUUACUUUAACGUUUACGCUUGGUCUGCUGUCUAUCGCACAGAAGUUGUACACUCAUUUUGUGAGAGUUUAAGUAAAAGUACAUUAUGUUUAUGAAUUCCACGCAGCUAUUGGUAGUGUGGAUAUUAUUUUGUUCCUACUGUGCCUUACUACCGAGUAUAUACUAAGUUAGUUUCUGAUAAGCCUUUUUAUUUAUUUUUUACUGACUAGCAGUAAAUUAAUUUACCCCAAUCAGGCAGAUUUUAAUGACAUUUCUCAGGCUAUUUGUAAACAAUUUAUUUAAAAUGUAUGACUAGAGAAGGGUCUCUAAACAUACCAGUAACUAGCAUGAUGGUGCUUUGUUAAACUGUAUUUAUUUGUGGUUUUCUUUAUGGUUAAAGUUCAGGAUCUCAGAAGCCAAUACCCCAAACACAGAAAAACAUUUAUUCAAUGUGCAUGGCUUUGUUGUUAUUCUUGUACUCAACAAUUUUGUAAUAUUACUCUAAAACGAAAUAUUGAUAAUCGAUUUCUGAUGUUUGUCAAUUAAUGUCUACUAUUUAAGUCCAGUGCCUGACAGUUUGUCACAUUCUGUGUGUUGUACUGUGUUGUGUAAAAAUGCCUUAAAUAUAAAAGUGCCAUCAUUUGUA